GAAGAAAAAAAAUGUCCAACCCCUCAGAAGAUUUCCUGUUUCAUGAAAAGUGCUCGUACAGUGAGUCAUAUAGGGUACGUCCUGCCCAGUUGUGUUUACUCUCUCACAGCAGCUGAGGUGGGGGAGAGCAACAAGCGGACCGAAGAAAGUUCGCUCGAGUCUGGAUAUUAACUCCCUCGUCAAAGCUUCGGCUAAUUAAUGAGAAAGAGAGGGGGACAUUGUCCGUUUCUUCAUGGAGCUACUUCGCUUUUCCGCUUUCUGGUGUGGAGCGAUACUCUGUGGUAGUAUUGUGCUCGAGCGGGCGGAUUCGUACAUCCUCAAGGUGCGAAGACUGUGCAAGUUUUGCGACGUGCAACCGACCAGCUGCGCCGGUCGAGGAAGCUGCAAGGUGGAAUGUGACAUCACCUCCAUCUGCACACAUGACGACGACGUGUGUGUCGCUAUUUGGAGGAAGAAAGACGACAACGUCACAUUUGACACCGUCUGCCACAACCCGGCCCACAAACUGUACGGCCUGGUCCUGGACGACUACAACAACAGCAAGUGCGAGAUGAAAGAAAGGAAGGGCAUGGGCUCGUCGUUCUUCAUGUGCUCCUGCUCUGAGGACGAGUGCAACGAACGGAUCAUCUUUAACUCCCACAUGGACUCCCAGGUGGCCGUCAUCCUAGUGAGCCUGGUUCCCCUUCUGGUCAUGGCGAUCGUGGUCAUUACUUCGUUCUACUGUUAUCGAGUAUACCGCCAGCGCAGGGCGAACGCCAAGCGCAAAAAAGGCACCCCUCUGGACUUCAGCGACGCUCACGCCAUCAUGGGGGACGACGAAGGCUCCGACAGCAGCUCCACGCACGCCAACAACCUCAACCACAAUACGGAGCUGUUGCCAAUCGAGCUGGACAUCCAGGUGGGCAAAGGUCGCUUUGCCGAAGUUUACAAAGCCAAACUCAAGCAGGGCUCCUCCGUCAGCGACGAGCAGGGUUUCGAGACCGUGGCGGUCAAGAUUUUCUCCUACGAGGAGUACGCGUCCUGGAAGAACGAGAAGGACAUUUUCUCGGACGCCGACCUGAGGCACGAAAACGUGCUCCACUUCCUGACGGCCGAGGAGAGGAAAAUACAGAGACAGUACUGGCUGAUCACCGCGUACCAGCCGAGGGGCAACCUCCAAGAUUACUUGACCCACCAUAUUGUCAGCUGGCACGACUUGUGGUUGCUGGGAGGCUCGCUCGCCAGCGGGUUGGCUCACCUGCACAGUGACCACACGCCGUGCGGCCGCUACAAAGUGCCGAUUGCGCACAGGGACAUUAAGAGCUCCAACAUACUCGUGAAGGGUGACCUGACCUGCUGCCUGUGUGACUUUGGCCUCGCGCUCCGGCUGGACAAUUCCCUCUCUGUGGACGAGUUAGCAAACAGUGGACAGGUGGGGACCGCCAGGUACAUGGCGCCGGAGGUGCUGGAGUCCAGGAUCAACCUGGAAAACAUCGAGUCCUUUAAACAGGCCGACGUGUAUUCCAUGGCGCUCGUCCUGUGGGAGAUGAUUUCCAGGUGCAGCGCUAUCGGAGAGGUAAAAGAGUAUGAGCCUCCCUUUGGAAAUUUAAGGGAGCACCCUUGUGUAGAGAGCAUGAAGGACAGCGUGCUCCGAGACAGAGGAAGACCUGAGAUUCCCAACAGCUGGAUCAACCACACAGGCAUCCAGUUGGUUUGUUCCUCCAUCGACGACUGCUGGGACCACGACCCGGAAGCCCGCCUGACAGCGCAGUGCGUGGCCGAGCGCUUCGAAGACAUGGAGUACUUGGACAAGCUGUCCGACUGCUCCGACUCGGAGGAGAAGAUCCCCGAAGAAAUCAUUGUGGUGGAUGAGAAGUAGGGCUCCAAACACCCGCCGCCCCCUCCCUCACCGUCUUGGGUGACUUGAGAGCAAACUGGAAACAUCUGAGGUUAACUCCAAACACGGAUGGACAUUUUGGACCGUUGUCAUCUCAUCUACACGUACAGUCCCUCGCGGACUGGAUCACAAACCAACAGGGAUUAUCACAAAGAUUAAGCUUUUAACCCAAAUACUUUUGCACUUUAUUGUUUAUCGAUGCACACUAAAAUGGCAUAUGUUAAAGUGCCGCUUAUGUCAGGACAAAUCAUUUUCAGGCAUACCAAUUAAAAGGAAUAUUUAAAAGAAGAGCUUUAGGUUUGAGACAUUUUCAUAUAGCAAGACUGCUAAUGACACGAAUGUCCCACGCGUUGUUCAUUUGUGCGGCCUUAACAGAGCAGUGACGCAUGCGUAAAGAAUCCAGAGCGCCAAUGUGUUAAAAGCCACUUUGAAACCAGAAAUCAGCGUCGAAGGACACAAAUAAAACAAAGUGUGUGUGUGGGUGUGGGUGUGUGUGUGUGUGUGUGUGUGGGUGUGUACAGUAAAUGAGGAAGUCUGCUUAAUCAUUGCCAGACAUUAAAGGGGAAUAAGGUAUGUGCAGUCUGUAA